AUGCCUGCCUCGUGGAUUGUGGGCGUUGUGCUCGCGCUCCUAGCUUGCCAUGUGUUGAAGAAGCUUCUCAUAGAUCUGCGACCGCAGCGGGCCCUUCCACCAGGGCCACGGAAGCUUCCGCUCGUGGGCAACAUCACAGACAUGCCUCCUGCGGGCGGACAAGAUUGGCUUCACUGGGCCAAACACAAGAAUCUAUACGGCCCGAUCAGCUCCGUCACGGUCCUCGGACAGCCAAUUGUGAUCAUUAACGACUUGAAGAUCGCAGUGGAGCUGUUGAACCGGCGAUCCGCAAUUCACUCAUCCCGGCCAAAUAUGAUCUUCGCCUCGGAGAUGGUAGGAUGGGAAUCCAGCCUAGCGAUGCAAGGUUCCACCGACAGGUUCCGUGCCUACCGCAAAGCAAUUCAGCCAUCCUUUGGGUCUGAGUCUGGCGUGUCUCAGUUCAAUGCGGUACAAGAGAAAGAAGUCCGGCGGUUUUUGCUACGAAUUCUCCGCAAACCAGAUGAGUUCCUCGAGCAUAUUCUCACGGAGGCUGGAGCGGUCAUUCUCUCAGCUGCAUAUGGUUAUACAAUCGAGCCGUUUGAGCGGGAUAAUCUGGUUCACAUGAGUAAUGUGGCGCUCGAUCGGUUUGCCCAGGCUGCGACCCCUGGGAAAUGGAUGGUCGAUCUUAUUCCAAUGCUGAGAUACAUCCCCACGUGGUUCCCAGGAGCACAAUUCAAGCGUACUGCAAAAGCGUGGAGAAAUCAAAUCAGCUCCCUCGCGGACGUGCCAUAUGCGUUUUCCAAGGCGCAAGUCAAGAACGGAACAAGCAAACCCUCAUACCUGGCCAGUUUCUUCAGUGCGCAUGGCAUACCCGAGCCUGGGACGGAGGCAGAGGCGGUCGCAAAAUGGACUGCAGCCUCGCUUUAUGCCGGCGGUGCUGAUACGACUGUCUCGUCAAUUGAAUGCUUCAUACUCGCAAUGGCUCUAUACCCCGAGGUCCAAGCCAAGGCCCAGGAGGAAAUUGAACGGGUUGUUGGACCAAAAAGCCUGCCGACCUUGGCAGAUAGAUCUCGCCUGCCCUACCUCAAUGCCGUGGUGAAGGAAGUUCUUCGAUGGCAUCCAGUCGCACCUAUGGCACUCCCCCACAUGUCCGUCAAGGACGACACAUGGGAAAACUUUUUCCUUCCCAAAGGAUCUUUGAUCUUGGCAAAUAUAUGGGCGAUGAUGCAUGAUCCCGCGACCUACCACGAUCCAAUGACUUUUAAACCGGAGCGAUUUCUCCCAUCAGAAGGCCAUACUCCAGAAACCGACCCCCAUACUAUCGCGUUUGGAUUUGGCCGUCGUAUUUGCCCCGGUCGCUUCCUGGCCGAUAACACGGUCUUCCUGACAGUUGCCCAGACUCUGGCGGUUUUCGAUAUCCGCAACGCGGUUCAGGACGGUGUACCUGCUUCCAACCCUCCCAAGUUCCAAGCGGGUAUGGUCAGCCAGCCUGUGCCGUUCCAAUGUUCGAUCAAGGUUCGUAGCCCGUCGCAUGAAGCGCUCGUGUUGUCGGUAGAACAGGAACACCCGUGGGAGCCCAGCGACGCACCCGCGGUCAAGAAUCUGAAUUAUUAA